AUGGAGAAAACUUCUUCAUCAUCUCCUAGAACAGGCUUGCUUUCGUGUUGGGGGUGUCUCAAGCUGAAGCUUCCAUGGCCACUGAGGAGAACAAGCUCUCACAAACCUGUUGGUGGUUUCGGGUAUGACCCUUUAAGCUACGCUCAAAACUUCGAUGAGGGUUGCAUGGACGAAGAGGAAGAAUCUUCGCGUCGUAGAUUCUCAGCUCGAUAUGCUGCUCCCACAACUUCAACCAAAACUCUCAACUAG